GGAGGAGGCUGCCCGCAGGCGACAGCGCGUGAGGCGGGGUCGCGCCGGGACUGGCGGGCCGAGGUGCGUACCUCUGUUCCGAGGGCCCUGGGGGGUCGUCAACAGAAGAGGGACACAGUCAGUGUUAGGGUGUUAACGGCUUUCCAAAAGCUGCUCGAGGGAGUGAACAGGUUGGGACGGGGGUGAAGAAGACAGAGAGGCCCCGGAAGUGGAGUUCUUGUCCAAGGUCGCAGAGCUGGUGGGAGCACUGCGGACUGAAGCACAGAGGUUAGCCUGAGGUCACUGGGUUCCAGGGCUGGGUGAGAUGCAGGGGAGCCUGGAGCGCAUGGAACCCUGCCAUGGUCACCUGCUUCUGGCAACUUUCCUCUUCAUACAGAUUGUUACCAGUGCAGAAGCACUUAGGGAACCCCCAGAGAGUUGUGUGACCUUUGAGGACGUGGCCGUGUACUUCUCCCAGGAGGAGUGGGGGCUCCUUGAUGAGGCUCAGAGGCUCCUGUACCACAGUGUUAUGCUAGAGAACUUGGCGUUUAACAACAUCCGUGGGACUUGCUUCAUUCGGGUCCCAUUUAGUUACACAACUGGGAGUCUGGGGAGCACCCUGCUUGCUUCACAGGGUGAACAUGGCAGGAUGGUCUCAGAGGAAGCCUGGCCCUGCAGUGUGUGAGACUUCAAAUUCCUUCACACCCUUGUCAAUGCCUGGUUCAUCCCUAACACUCUGGCAGUUCCUUCUCCUUUCCCCCUCAUUGUUCUGCUCUUCAAGGUGGUUACUGCACAUGGUUCUCUGAAAUAAAACGUGAUCCUGGUUGGGAGACAUAGCCCUCAGGUUGGCCACAAACACAGCUGCUCCUGCCUCAAGUCUCUGGAUAAAG